AUGCGGCUACAGACAAAGCUAAUCGGAAGUCUGGCGUUGAUUGGUUCCAUCUCGUUCGCAUUACGUUUCGACGCUCUGAAAACAUCAUCAAAUAUCGGAUAUGGAAAAGAUAAUAAGGAUGGGUAUCAUCUGGAGAUGGGGCACGAAUCCUCCAAGGGACACAGCAAGGAAAGUUACAAGGAUAAGGGAAGAAAAGGGGAAGACUUGAAGGGAGUGCUUAAAGGGUUCCACGAUGAAGACGGUGGUAACAGCAAGAGGUACCAUAACGGCAAGGACCAAUUCCAGAAGCAUUUCAAGGGAAGACAAAGCCAUAAAGGUGGCAAAUUUGGGGAGAGGAAAGGUCACAAGAAGGGACAUAAAACCAAAGGAUACCAUAACAAAUUCUAUAAGGAUGAAUAUAUUAAGGAGCACAAGUUUUACGAUGAUUACCACAAGAGCGGCGAGUACAGCAAAUACGGUGACAGGCAGAGCGGUUUCAAAGCCGGAGAUGGUGACGGAAAGAAGGGUCAUGGGUACAAAAAAUCCGAAGAUUCAAGCAAGUUUGGUAACAAGGGCAACAGCGAUCAUGGUCAUCGGAUAAUCGAAGAUUCGGGAUACGACGUGAACGAAGGAAAGGAAAAGAAGCACGAGCAUUACAACGAAGGAGGCAAAAAAGGUGAAACGCGCAAAGGCAACCGUUACCUCUACAGCUCGUGA